UUGGUAAGCGUCUGAUAGAAGGUGAAUUGAUGGUGCGGUGUGUGUUGUGCAAUAAUCUGUUAACAACUGAACGAGUAGGCGACUGAAAUUGCUGACUGACCGUCGCCUGCUCUAAGUAGACAGAAAGUCCAAACAAGAUAAAUCUCUCUUGUAUUGCAUUAUACAGUAUCGAAGUUGCAGUCAAAUAUCUGUGAACAAGUGUUCAAAUGUAUGGAGUAUUUUAACAUAGAGAUGGAAGAACUAUCUUGGCAUGGGAAGUGACUAUUCCACAGCUUAAAUGAAACCCCAACAUUCAUUUCUUUUCCCUUAAAUCCUCACUAUUAUUUAUUGUGGUUGUUGUGUCAUUUAUUUAUCCCAAAACUAGCUUCUUUAUUGAUCACAUCAGCAACAAUUUCCUUCUGAGUAUAUGUUUGAGAAGGCUUCAUAUAAAAACAGUGUUCUUCACGAUUUUUUCCUGCUUGUAUAAAAUUCAUAUACUUCGUAAAUUUUCAUCCAAUUUCACGAAUACCCAGGAAGAAAGGAACCAAAAUAUAGUUAAUGUAACUACAUGACUAACUAAAUGUAAUAGGAAAACUUGUUAUUUUUUGGACUAUUAUCUUAGACAUUUGCUAUCCUCUGUUUUAUAGAAGUAUCCAGUUGCGCACUUAUCACGAAGGAUUACAAGAUUCGGAUUUUACUUCGAAACUAGUUACACCUGUAAUCACUAAAAUUUUUGCACUGUACCUCACUUUAUUUAUAUCCUCCUUUUGCCUUAAGGAUACAUGACUGCUCUAAGAAUGGAACACCUGGUCUCAUUAUUAUCACUGGUUGUGACGUUAUCUACCGUCUUCUCCUCUUCAGUAUUCUCAGCCAGCCUUCUUGUAGCAUAACAAUAUUCUUCUAUUUCAUAUCGAACUAAGCCAGCCGUGUCCUUUCUCUUAUUGAGCAAGCUAACCAUAUUUGCAUCAGUAUGGGCUUUUUACAUCAACUUCGUUUGCUACUUUGGAAAAACUUUACUCUGAAGAAGCGUUCACCGUUGGUUCUGCUGUUUGAACAAUUUAUUCCUUUAGUGUUGUUUGUCAUCUUGAUCUUAAUUCGAAGAAAACAGCCAGCUCAUCCAUGGAAAGCAAGUUUCUAUGCAGCAAAACCUUUGCCUUCAGCAGGUGUUGUUUCUAUUAUGCAAGCAUUUUGUGAUGGUGGUUCCUGGGAUGAAAAUAGUUUUGUUACAUUUCCAAAGAACAGAGUGCAUGAAUUUCUUGGUGAAGUUCAAUCUGUGGCCAAAGACAACAACUUUUUUGUUCCUGGAUUUAGUCCCACUGAAAUGGAUGAGAUUCCUGGCAUUUACAAGAGUAUCAUUGACAAUCCUGCUGCUUUACAUGACAGCUUUAAGAAUGCAAAAAAUUUUCAUCUUAAUUCUGUGUUAAGUAACACCAAUAAAUUGGAGCACUUUCUUGAGCAAAACAUGUCAUUAACAAGCAAUGAAGCUGAGAGCAUCCUGGAUGCUUCCGUUAAUGUUAAAAAGAUCUAUGAACUUUUAUUUGGAACUUCAUUGGACUUACCAUUUAAAAUCCGAGAGAAAAGGGAUGUUAAUACAACAGAACAAAAUUCUCUUAAAGCUUUACAUGCAAAUGUAUUGAAUAAUCUAAAUUAUGAAAUGAUGGAACAUUCUGCAGAAGAUUUGAUUCCUAAGGCUGAGAUGUUUCCUGAAGUUUCCAUGAUUGGUCAAGGCUUGUUAUAUGAGCUCCUAGAGAGUCCCCAGUUAAAACUUGAUGAAUCAUUGCUCAAUGUAAUGCGCCAGCUUCUUGGAAUACCAGUGUCAAAAUCUGAUAAAAUUGAUCCUUAUGAAGUAGCAGAGGUUUUGAAGAUGAUUCUACUGUCCCCUGCAUUAGUGAGAAAAGUGGCCUGUGAUUACCAGAAUACAUCAAUCAUACUUACUCCUAGUUCCAAUAGCAGUAUCACAUAUUUGAUUGAUGCUCAAAAGAAAAUCUGUAAAUCAAAUAAAGAAGACCUGCAGAAAUUUGUUGAUCUUCUCAAAUCAGACAUCUCAGAUGAAGAAAUUGUGAAUAUUCUCCAUCUUCGCAAUUUGAAUGUUACUGAAGCAGAAAACCAAGUAAAAGACUUUUUAACUAAGGUGGAGAAAUUCUACAUGUUUCAAAUGAAUCUCAAUGAGCUGAGUAUGUUAGCCAGUUCUCUCCCACAAGAUGCAUGUGACCAGUUUCUCCCUGCUGGAACAGAAACCUCAUCAAGUGUUCCAAAUAAUUUCACUAAUUUAAAUAUGUCUGACAGUCAUGCAUCAACAGUGCUGGAUCCACCGGGUAGUGCAACAUCAAAUUCAGCUCCUUCAAACACAGAUUCUAAAACAAACAAUAAAGAUCGGUAUAUUGGCCUUCUGAAGAUCUGGACAUCAAUGCAGAAGACUAUAUGUGGCCAUGAUACCAACAUCCCAAAAGAUAAAUGGGAAGAUGAUAUUCGCAAUAUGAACCUUGAUGACCUUGGAAUGUCUAUUACUCAACAACAUAACAUUGGUAUUCUUGUCCAUGUUCUAUACAGCAAUCCAAAAGUACUCUAUGCUCCUGCUAACACAUCUGCUGACAAUGUCAUUAGACAGGCUAACCAAACAUUUGCUCUGUUAGAUCGCAUUAGUGAGUAUGCUGAAAAAUGGCUGAAUAUUUCAGAGGAACUCCGCCUCUAUCUGUCACGCAAUGAAACAGCUGAGCAUUUGGACUCAAUCAGAGAGAUUCAACAAGAUUUAAAGAGACGUAAGACAUUGGCAAUGUUAUUACGUACAGACUCAAGAAUUGACAAAUUCUUAAAUAUCUCUAUUCCUACUCCAGAAUUUUUUCUGCUUCAACUGAGCAAUAUAGACAAUGCAGCUUGCAGUUGGCGUGCCAUGCUGUCUGGUAUUAGCCUUAAUGUAUUUCAGGGAUUUUCUGACGAACAGAAACUAGUUGACUAUGUAUUUAAUGAGGCUUACCAUGACAAUGUCAGUGUUUUUGCCAGUGUGUUAUUUGAAAACAUUCAUCCUGAUGGAAGCCUCCCUCCUCACAUAAGAUAUAAAAUCCGACAAAAUGCUUCGUUUACUCCCACAACCAAAUUAGUCCGAAGUCGAUAUUGGUAUCCAGGACCUGGCCCUACAAAGCAAUCUUAUUACCAAUUUGGAUUUGUGUGGAUUCAGGAUAUUAUUGAAAGAGCCAUCAUUGACACGCAGGUGGGCCAUGAUGUUGUUGAACCAGGUGCCUACAUUCAUCAGUUCCCUUAUCCUUGUUAUGUUUAUGAUCAAUUUGUUUUCAUGAUUGAACAUGUGAUGCCGUUAUGUUUGACUAUUUCAUGGGUCUAUACUGUGGCUAUGUUGGUUCAAAAUAUUGUUUAUGAAAAGGAACAAAGACUAAAAGAAGUUAUGAAAAUGAUGGGUUUAAAUAAUGCUGUCCAUUGGUGUGCUUGGUUCACCACUACUUUUAUUCAAAUGACCAUCACUAUGGCUAUUUUAACAGCCAUGUUGAAAUAUGGAAAAGUUCUAACUCACAGUGAUCCUUGGGUUAUAUUCACUGUUCUUGAAGUUUUUGCUCUUGCCACAAUUUGCUUUUCUUUCCUGGUGAGUGUUCUGUACUCAAAAGCCAAGCUAGCAGCAGCCUGUGCAGGUAUUGUUUAUUUCCUCACAUAUGUACCUUACAUGUACAUUGCUAUCAAAGAAGAAGCUGCAGGGGAUAAAGUACUGGCAAUAACCAAAUCAAUUGCUUCCCUAUUCUCAACGACAGCAUUUGGACUUGGUGCCAAAUAUUUUGCUUUCUAUGAAGAAGAGGGGGUUGGUGUCCAUUGGGAUAACAUUUCUAUAUCUCCUGUUGAGAAUGAUGACUACAAUUUGGCCCUUGUUACUAUGAUGAUGCUAGUAGAUUCUUUAUUAUAUGGAUUGUUAGUAUGGUAUAUUGAGAAUGUCCAUCCAGGUUCUUUUGGUUUACCCAAGCCAUGGUGUUUCCCCUUCACUCAGUCUUACUGGUGUGGUACGACUGGAAAGCCGGAAUCAAAUCAAUGUACAUGGUUUACUAAUUUAUUUAAACGGAGCCAUAUCAGUCUGUCUGUAACAGAAGAGGACCAAGCAUGUGCUAUGGAGCAAAGACAGUCUGAAUACUUCCAGAAUUUUGAACCAGAACCUAAACAUUUACCCCUUGGUGUAUGCAUUGACAACUUAACAAAGGUUUAUAAAACUGGCAAGAAAGUUGCUGUGAAGAAUUUAACAUUGAAUUUAUAUGAAGGACAGAUCACUUCUUUCUUAGGCCACAACGGAGCUGGUAAAACAACCACAAUGUCCAUUCUCACUGGGUUUUUUCCUCCAACAUCAGGUUAUGCUAUGGUAUAUGGGCAUGAUAUUCGUACUAAUAUGGAUGUUAUUCGGAAAGAUCUUGGAAUGUGUCCACAGCACAAUGUGCUCUUUGAUAAGUUGACUGUAAAAGAGCAUCUGUGGUUUUAUGGACAACUGAAAGGAAUGAAAACUGAAGAGAUAGAACGAGAAAUGGAAAUUAUGAUCCAAGAUAUUGGCCUUCCUCGAAAAAAGAACUGUUCAGUAGACUGCUUGUCUGGUGGUAUGCAACGUAAACUAUCUGUUGCCAUUGCUUUUGUUGGUGGUUCUCGAACAGUGAUCUUAGAUGAACCUACAGCAGGAGUGGACCCUUAUGCUCGGCGUGCAAUCUGGGAUCUUUUGGUUAAGUACAAAAACGGGAGGACAAUACUGUUGUCAACACAUCACAUGGAUGAAGCUGAUAUCUUAGGGGAUCGCAUUGCAAUUAUUUCUGAUGGUCAGUUAAAAUGUUGUGGUUCAUCACUAUUUUUGAAGAACACUUUUGGAGAAGGAUAUCACAUUAAAAUGGUGAAGAAAGAAUCUGAAGAAACAUUUGAUGUCUCAGAACGUCUUCCUGAUUUGAAACCUCGAGAAUCUUUCUUGACUGAAUGCCAACAAAGCAGUGUAACAAAUUUCAUAAUAAAACAUGUGAAAUCAGCAUAUUUGAAAUCUGAAAGCAAACGUGAGCUACAUUAUAUUUUACCUUUUGAGGAAAUUAAAAAGGGAAAUGCAGAGCGUUUGUUCCAAGCUUUGGAAUCUUCUCUUGACACCCUUGAAAUCAGUAGUUUUGGUGUUAUGGACACAACACUUGAAGAAGUUUUUCUUAAAGUCACUGAAGCAUUUCAUUGUCCUGAAGUGAUCUCAGAAAACAAGCCAAGUGAUACACUAAAUACCAACUCAUUUAUUGCUGAUUAUUUGUCGGGUUCUCGGAAUCAAGAAAAUGAGAUUAGUAAUAAUGAACCUGAGUGUACAGAUACCAGUUCUACAUCCAGUUUGUUGGAUGUUUCAAAUACUGAUCAGAAUCCAACUGACACUGCUAUGCAUUAUGAUGUGGAAAUGAACAGUAUGGCUGGGCAGCCACAACAACCUAAAAAACAAAAAUCUGAAAGAAAGAAUGUGUCCACUGCUAACAAACAUGGCAAUUAUGUUAAACUGGAAGAAGAAAUUGAUGAGACAAACCAAAACGAAUUUCCUGAUAUGCAAACUGAAGGAUGUGGUAGCAUUUUAUUAACAGGACACUGGCUUCACCUCAAUCAGUUCAGAGCCAUCAUCAUUAAACGCUUCUACUAUAUCAGACGUAAUUGGAAGGGACUCUUCUCUCAAAUCCUUCUCCCUGCUUUGUUUGUAUGUAUUGCAAUGACUGUUGCUUUGACUGCUCCUGGACUUGAUGAUCUUCCACCAAUUGAACUAAGCCCCUCUCAAUAUUUCAACUUGACCCAACCAGAAGGAAACUACAUACCUUAUGCAAAUCAGAAAACAAAACAAUUCAAUAAAUCUAGUGAUGCGGGUCCUGAUGAAAUCAUACGCACAUUUUACUACCCUUCAGGUGUUGGAGCAACAUGUGUUUUGAAAUCCCCAUUUAAUAUAUCUUUCAGUGGCAGUGAUCUUCACAAAAACUACAAACUACUCUUAAAAUAUUUUGAAGAUAGUUGUGAGAAGGUAUUUGUGCAUGGUCUUCCUUUAGAUAACUUUGUCCCUCCAUUACCUCUCUCUAAAAACAAGGAUAAUCAAAUGAAAUCUAACACAUCGUGGCCAACUCAGAAAGAACACUAUUAUCCCUUGUGUAAAUGUGCUGCUGAUGGUUCUGGCUUUAUUUGCUCUGAAAAUGGACAUAAAAAACCCAAGAGUAAAACAUUAGUAACAAGUGAUAUAAUUCAGGAUAUAAGCAGAACAAGUCCUGAGAAGUUUUUCUUGUAUACAACUGAUGAAUACAGAUUGCAUCGCUAUGGUGGUAUGUCAUUUGGACUGGUCCGUUCAAUGGUACCAAAAGACUUUGGAAAUUCUGCACCUGCACUAUUUAGACGCCUUGCAGUAAGAAAUGUAGCAAAGGUGUUCUUUAAUCCUAAAGGUUUCCAUUCAACACCUGUGUACUUAAAUACACUUAAUAAUGCUAUUUUGAGAGCUAAUUUACCCAAAGAGAAGGGUAACCCAGCUGCAUAUGGAAUCACUGUGACCAACCACCCCAUGAAUCAUACUAACAACAAAUUAUCUAUGGAUUACAUCCUACAAGGAUCUGAUGUGCUGAUUGCAAUUUUCAUCAUUGUUGCUAUGUCAUUUGUCCCAGCAAGCUUUGUAUUAUUCUUGGUCUAUGAACGUUCUAUCAAAGCAAAGCACUUGCAAUUUGUCAGUGGCAUGGAUCCUUUUAUCUACUGGCUAGCAAAUUAUGUAUGGGAUAUGUGUAAUUAUGUGAUCCCUGCAUUUUGCUGUAUUGGAAUCCUUCUAAUUUUUGAUAUUCCUUCGUAUGUGUCGCCAACGAAUCUGCCAGCAGUUGUUUCCCUUUUCUUACUGUAUGGCUGGUCGAUUACUCCAGUCAUGUACCCAGCAUCCUUUUGGUUUCGGGAACCAAGUACAGCUUAUAUCUGCCUCAUUGUCAUCAACUUAUUUGUAGGCAUUACCUGUAUUGUUUGCAGUUUUCUUCUAGAAAUAUUCUCUUAUGACAAGGACCUGAAACGUAUACACUUACUUCUAAAGAAUAUAUUCCUACUCUUUCCUAAUUAUUGUCUUGGCAGAGGAUUGAUGGAUAUUGCAUUCAAUCAGUACAAAAACAUGUUUUACUUCAAAACAGGACAAUAUCAUUAUAUGAGGUCACCAUUUGAAUGGGACUUAACAACAAAAAACCUAACAGCUAUGGCAGGAACAGGCUUGUUCUUCUUCAUUAUAACUCUUUUAUGCGAGUAUCGGUUUUUCAUAAAAUCAAGACCCUCAGAUGUUGCUAACAAACUACCACAAGAUGAAGAUGUAGAUGUUGCCAGUGAAAGAAAACGCAUCUUAAGAGGUUCAGCUUGCAAUGAUGCAUUGUGUCUGAAGAAUUUAACAAAGAUGUAUGUGACCAGAAAAUUAGGCAAACAUCUAGCUGUUGACCAUCUUUGCCUAGGUGUACCAACGGGUGAGUGUUUUGGGCUGCUAGGUGUGAAUGGCGCUGGGAAAACUACAACUUUCAAGAUGCUAACUGGAGAUAUAGCACCAACAAAUGGAGAUGCUGAACUGCACCGUUUCAGUAUCCUGAAAGACCUGAGUAAAGUACGACAAAACAUUGGAUAUUGUCCACAGUUUGAUUCCCUUUAUGAUGAAUUAUCAGCUCGAGAGCACCUUCAGUUUUAUGCUCGUCUUCGAGGGAUUCCUCCAAAAGAUGAAGCAAUUGUUGUCAACCAGGCUCUAAAGAAAUUAGCUUUGACUGAAUUUGCAGACAAGGCAUCAGGCACUUACAGUGGUGGAAAUAAACGGAAACUAUCAACUGCCAUAGCACUAAUAGGAAAUCCUCCAGUUAUUUUUAUGGAUGAACCUACCACAGGCAUGGAUCCAUAUUCCAGACGGUUCCUCUGGAAUCUAAUUAUAGAUCUUGUAAAAUCUGGUCGAUCAGUCAUACUCACCUCACACAGCAUGGAAGAAUGUGAAGCUCUCUGUACACGUUUAGCUAUUAUGGUAAAUGGCAGCUUCAAAUGUCUUGGCAGUACUCAACAUUUAAAAAAUAAAUAUGGUGAUGGCUACACAUUUGUAAUUCGUAUCAGAGGACCAAACUAUGAAAGAAAUUGUGUGAACGUCAAACACUUUAUUGAUAAAAAUUUCCCUAAUGCUAAAAUUAAGGAGCAACACAUUAACAUGCUUCAGUAUGAAAUUAAGUCAAAGACUAUUUCUUUAGCUUACAUCUUUUCUAAGCUUGAAGAUGCUCAAAGAGAUUUCCAGAUUGAAGACUAUUCUGUCAGUCAGAAUACUCUAGAUAAUGUAUUUAUUAACUUUGUGAAACAACAAACAGAAAUCGUCCAGGAACUCGAAGACAAUGAUGCAUCUUCUGAUUCUUUGAACACUUCACCAACAACCAAUAUUGUUUCUGGUUGUGCUCCUAAUCCUGAAGAGAUAUUGGAAGGUGAACCAGAUGACAUCAGUACUUCAUUUGACAGACUUGGAACACGGCUCUCCCUGCUAAACAUUGAAAUGUCAACAUGCUGAUGCCAACUUCUGUGAUAUUCUGGGGGUGGGAAGGAAUUGCAAGAUUCCAGAACUGUAUAAUUCUUAAUUCCAUUCCAUGUGCUGCCAUUUAUUUAAGAUUUUUUUCCCUCUUUUUAUUAUUUAAAAUCUCUUCAUAUUUUACAAUCUCCAGAACUUAUUUAUAUCUAUUUGAAUGUAUCUUAUCUUGUUGAUAUCAUUUAUUUAAAACCCCCAAAAAAAAGAGAAAUUCUGAAAAAAAAAAACCUCAGUAACCUGUGAAUGCCAACAUAAACCUCUUCUAAACAUUUGGAACUCUCUUAGGAUUAAUUCCUCAAACCAUUGGGAUGUGACUGAAUGGAUUCGAUCAUGUUUUUUAUAAUGUUCAAGGAGGAUUAUUUUAUUUCAGUUUUAUCAACUCAAGAAUUAAAUUUCUUGUUGAUACACCCCAC